CCAAUUCCCUUCUAUGAGAUGAAUGGCGUCUCUCAACUUAUUUGACGGAGAAUUUGACAAGAAAACAGCUGCUCCGUGCGCAGGAAAGAGUGCCACUGCGGAAAGGGACGAAGAGGAUCUAAUUGUGGUUGGUUACGCGUGUAAACUGUUCCGCGACGACGAGAAAGCGGUUGAAGCUGAGAGUAUGCUGAUACCUUGGAAUGGAGAGCAAUCUGGGAUGCAAUCUGGGAAGAUUUCAAGAUAUGAUGUUCGAGCUCAUUUGUUGGAUGUGAGUGGAGACUCAUCAGAGAGUUCAGAUUCUGAUGAAGAAAUGAUAGAGGAGCUAUGUGAUGAAGAGCGAUAUCUGUCACUGAAAACAAAUGUUGUUCAGGAAGAAGAGGAGAAAGAAGAGGAGGAUAGAAGACAGCAAGGAGCGUAUGCUCAGAUAGCAUACGAUUAUAACAGUGAAACAACAAGCAGUGAACAGGCUGACAAAGAAGAGCCGGAGGAAGAAAGUUGUGCAGAAGAAACUAAAAUGAACGAAACAGUUGUCGCUGAUGAACCAUUUGUUCUACCUAGUUCACUACAACAUCUCAAUAAUCUUACAUUGCCUGCAACACAGAAGCUUCAUAAAAUCAUUGAGAGAACGGCACUGUUUGUAUCUCAACAAGGAGCUCAAAUGGAGAUCAUACUAAAGGCAAAACAGGCAUCAAAUCAUCAGUUUCACUUUCUCAAUAUGGACGACCCUCUUAACCCUUACUACAAGCAGUUAGUCAAGUGCAUUCGCAAUGGCAGCUACAUUCCCCAAUUGCAACCAGCAAUGUCACAAAACAACUCAAAACGUGAUGACACCCCAACUAAAGAGAAUAACGAUGACAACGACAAUGAUGACAGUGACGAUGAAGACUGCACUUUACAUCCAAGUUUAUUUGCAUCAAAACAGAAUGCACCGUCUCCCAUUGCCAUUCCCAGUCCUACCACCGCUCACACGUCAUCUUAUGCGACCAAUAAAUCAAGUGUCAAUAAAGCCUCUCGGAAUCCACUGUUUUCUGCACUGGCGCCGGUCAGCCUCAAGUCGACAGCAAGCAGUAAUACAGAGAACUUGUCUAGUACAAAAUCAUACUCUGGAACACUGAUUUCAUCCCAUUAUCCAGCUGAUAGCAGGGCUGCAGCUUCUGGAUCAAUUUCCUAUCACUAUGAUCCGUCAACUCAUGCUGUAUACACUGAUGAUCCAUAUGCCACUUGGAAUGCUUCGUAUUAUGGUCAACCUGCUGACCCUGCAGCUUUGCAGCAGCAACAGUGGGAUUCCAUGGCAACACAAUUACAAUGGGAUUUAAUGUCGGGACAGUCACAGUGGGUAAGUAAUAAUCCAGGACCUCCAUUUGUGCCACCACCGCCACCUUCGUAUGACACUCCUGCGGGUAUCCUUGACAUCCCUCCACCCCCUCCCACUGACGUUCAGGCUGUCAUAGAUAAAUUGGCAGAGUAUGUUGCAAGGAAUGGUGAUGAGUUUGAGCACAUGGUGAGUGCAAAGUUGGACAAUCGGUUUGCAUUUCUCAAUGCAGGCCACAUGCACUACAGCUACUAUCAAUGGAAGAAACAACAGUUUGCAGCAGAACACAGGGAAAAAAUGAUGGAACAGAGACAAAGAGAGGAUACAGUUGUGCAUACUGAGAAGGAUGUACGGGGUUGGCGACCUGCACGGUCUGUCUUUUCUGUUAUCCGGAGUCUGCGGCCAUCGGACAGAUCUGUAGUACAGACAGAGGAAAAGAAGCCUUCAACGGAUAAAAAAGAAGAAAUAAAUAAUAAAAAUGACAAUGUACAAGAAAAAGAGCACGUGGAGAUUGUAGAACCAAUCAAGGAGAUAACAAUUGUGAAAGACGGUGGACUGAAACCAGCUCCUGUCAGUGCUGAAGAAAGACUAAAACAAGAGCGGCGAAGAAAAGCAGCUCUUUUGGUAGCAAAGAUCAAACAGGGAAAAUCUGAAAGUGUAGAACAUGAUUCGUCUUGUAGAAAAAGAUCACCUGAUCAUCAGUCAACUUCAUCAAACAAGCAAUCAAAACGAUUAAAGCGGAAAUAAUACACAAGAACUAAACAGAUUCCACACUUUUGUAAUACAUAUAUAAUAUGGGUUAAUGAAAUUGUAGCUACUUUUAUUUUAUGUAUAUAAUAAAUGUCUUCAACAUCUCACAACAACAAUAUUUCCUGACUUU